AUGGCAUAUCGUGGUGACGAAGCGAGAUGGACAGCACUUUUUCCCAACUACGUCACGUGGUGCAAUGUGUUUACAGAUAUACCAUAGUUUAUACAUUUUCUUAGGGAAUUACGGCAUAAACGCUCCUAUUUAACAUGCAUAGAAGCAGAAUUUUCCUUUAUUUACGAGCAUUGUUAUUGGACAAUAUAUAUUGAUUGGUGCGAACUUUUUACUUAUAGAUAGAUAUAACAGUAAGAAACCAAAAUCACUUUCUUGGUAAUCUGUCAAUGCUCCUCUUUUGUCUUAGACUUCUCUCUUUUACACUCACAAGAAAUUCACCCAAAUUUCAAAGUUGUAACUUCAAUGCUUCACUAUAUGCAACCCAUGUUGCACUCCCCAAAUCCUAUUACCUUAAACUCUCCUUCGACCCUUCUCGACUUCUGCAAUGUCUUUCCCAACAAAGAGUUCUUGAAGCACGCCAACUGCUCGACAAAUUGUCUGAUAGAGAUGGUAAGCGCCGCAUUGUUCAUUGGACUUCGUUGCUCACAAAGUACUCAAAAGCUGGCUUUAUUGAUGAAGCUCGCAGGCUUUUUGAUAUCAUGCCUGAGAGAAACAUUGUUACGUUUAAUGCAAUGUUAUCAGGCUAUGUGCAAUCCAGAAGAUUGUUUGAAGCUUUUCAAUUUUUCGAGGAGAUGCCAGAGAGGAAUGUCGUCUCCUGGACAUCCAUGCUUUGUGGAUUGGCAGACCUAGGGAGGAUCGAUGAGUUGUGGAGUUUGUUUCAUGCAAUGCCGGAGAAGAAUAUCGUUUCUUGGAAUGCUAUGGUGUCUGGGUUGAUUAGGAAUGGAGACUUGAAAGGUGCAAGGUUGGUUUUUGACCAAAUGCCGAUUAAGAAUGUAGUUUCUUGGAACACUAUGAUUGCAGGGUAUGCUGAGAACUGCAAAAUGGAAGAAGCAAAAGCUCUGUUUGAUGAGAUGAAAGAUAGGAAUGUUAUUACUUGGACUAGUAUAAUAUCAGGUUAUUGUAGGUCUGGCUAUGUGGAUGAAGGGUAUUCCUUGUUUCAAAUUAUGCCCGAAAGGAAUGUCAUUUCUUGGACCGCAAUGAUUGGGGGGUUUGCUUGGAAUGGCUUCUAUGAAGAAGCCUUGUUGCUUUUUGUUAAAUGGAAAAGGAGCUUUGACCUGAAACCAAAUGAAGAGACUUUUAUAUCACUUGCUUAUGCUUGUGCUGGUGCGGGUUGGCCUUGUCUUGGUAAGCAAUUACAUGCACAGAUAAUUAUUAACAAUUUGGACAAAAAUGACUAUGAUGGCAGGUUAAGUAAGAGUCUUGUUCACAUGUAUUCUACAUUUGGUAACAUGAACUUUGCGUCCUUCAUCUUUACCAAGAAUUUAAAUAACUUUACCGUUCAAUCUUGUAAUUAUCUGAUUAAUGGCUACAUUCAGACUGGAGACCUAGAAAGAGCUCAGAAUUUGUUUGACAAGGUACCUAUCCGAGAUAAGGUCUCUUGGACUUCGAUGAUAAGUGGAUAUUUCAGUGUUGGAGAAGUUUCAAAGGCAUGUCAUCUGUUUUGGAACAUGCCAGACAAAGAUGCAGUGGCAUGGACAACUAUGAUUUCAGGGCAUGUUCACAGUGAGCUUUUCAUUGAAGCUACAAAUAUAUUUUCUGAAAUGCGGGUUCAGGGUGUUUUAGCAUUAAAUUCCACAUAUUGUACUCUUCUUGGAGCCAUGGGUGCAAUGGCAUAUCUUGAUCCUGGAAGGCAGUUUCAUUGCCUGGUGAUAAAAACACAAUAUAAGUUUGACUUGAUUCUUGACAAUUCACUGAUUUCAAUGUAUGCCAAAUGUGGGGAGAUAAAUGCUGCAUAUAGCAUAUUCUCAAAUAUGGUUUUCCGGGAUUUGGUUUCUUGGAAUUCAAUGAUCAUGGGGUUUUCAAAUCAUGGGCUCGCAGAAAAAUCUGUGGAGACCUUUAAAACAAUGGUGGUAUCUGGGACCCUUCCAACCUCGGUAACUUUUUUGGGUGUUUUAUCAGCUUGUAGUCAUGCAGGACUUUUGAGUAGAGGGUGGGAACUUUUCAAUGCCAUGAAUAAUGUUUAUGCUGUUCAACCAGGCUUGGAACAUUACAUCUGCAUGAUUGAUCUUCUGGGCAGGGCCGGGAAAGUAAAGGAAGCCUACCAGUUUGUCUUGAAGCUACCUUUUGAACCAGAAAAUACUGUAUGGGGAGCAUUGCUGGGAAUAUGUGGCUUAGGCGAGACAAAUGCCAAGAUUGCUAGACAGGCAGCCAAACAAUUACUGGAACUGGAUCCUCUGAACGCUCCUGCUCACGUAACGCUUUGUAACAUUUAUGCAGCAAAUGAUCAGCAUGAAGAGGAGAAAAUGUUGAGGAAGGAGAUGGGACUAAAAGGUGUGAGAAAGGUUCCUGGAUGUAGUUGGAUACAGAUGAAAGGGAAAGUUCAUGUAUUUUUUUCAGGGGAUAAAGCACAAGAAUCAGAAGUGGAUGACAUGUUGUUGAUCUUGUUCAAUAUUGUUGGUGAAUCCUAAAGUGAGAUUUUCAACAUAGAGAGUUAUGGGAGUGAAAAUAUGUGGAUUCUUUAAAGAAUGACCAAACUGUUCUUUUUUACAGAGAAAUGCAGCUGUUGAUGUAGUUCAUCACCAUUUCUUUUUACAUCAGUUUGGGAACAAAUAGUGAAGCUUUUAUCCUUCAGAUUUAUGAGUUACAGCUAUAUCUUGACAAGUAAGGUCAUACAAAUAUAAAAAACCAGUUAACAAAGAUUUUUUUAAUGGAAAACGACCCACUUCAAAGUGAAGAGAGCUUUCUUUUUGUUUAUAGCAAGACAGAAAAUUAAGUUUGGUCUAUUAAACAACGCUGCAAUUGGAGUUUGUGGCCUUUUUUUUUAUUAAUUGGUCAGAUUCUAUUUGUUGAUUGGCAAGGCAACAUGCUCAUGUCAUUCAUCUCAACUGUUAGAUUGCCAUCACAUUAAAGCUAUAAGGAGAAGUGUUAAGAAUUAAGGUAUUGUACGUGGUGGUGGUGGUAUUUGGUUUCUCCUUAAUUAUAGUAUAUAUGCGUAUAUCAGAAGUUGUAAAUAGAAGAACAAAAGUUUCCGUUGCCGAGACAUGAACCCAGAUCUCUCGAGUGAAGAGCCGACUACCCUGACCAACUAGACUACAAUGAAUUUUGUUUUGCUAUACACACCUUUUCCCACACUAUAUUUUGUUUGAUAAUUUUGCUAACCGGUUCAAACUGGUCUUUUCACUGUUCUCAGAUUUUUGUCCCUGUCCACAAAGAGAAACAUUGGUGCUUAGCAGUUAUCAAUAAGAAAGACGAGAAAUUCCAAUACCUUGAUUCCCUGAAAGGAAAGGAUACCCGGGUGAUGAAAGUACUGGUAUGCUUUUGAUCCUGUCUCGUUGGACAUUUAACUUGAAGUGUCUCUACCAUAACAAGUCACAUUGGAGAUUCUUCCCUAACAUUAUUGUAUUCUCUUCCAUAUACCAUAGAAAAUUUUAUUGGGUUUCACUUGAAUAAGAACUAUUUCUUCUCUCCCUGCUGUGGAAUUAUGUUGAUUUCGGGCCAAAUACUAUAUUGAUGAAGUGAAGGAUAAGAGUGGAAAAGACAUUACUGUAAGUUCUUGGAAACAAGAAUUUGUCAAAGACCUUCCUGAGCAAGAGAAUGGGUAUGAUUGUGGUAUGUUUAUGAUCAAAUAUGCAGACUUUUAAUGCAGAGGUUUGGGGCUCUGUUUCAACCAGGAACCCAUGCCCUAUUUUCGAUUGAGGACAGUAAACGAGAUUCUAAGAUUGAGAGCUGAAUAAGUAGAUUUUUGAAGUUACUAUUAGUUUGACAACAAAAGUGACGCCCAUCAAGAAUUAGCUAGAAAAUUUAGCGAAGAACACGUUCCUUUGCUCGAAUAUAUGUUGCAAAAUAAUAAUUUUUGUCAGCAUUGCCCAACCGAAGAUGCAUGCAACUUUGUCAGAAAAAUGGAUGCUAAACAUACUUAGCUCCUCAUUGCUCGACCGGCUAAGAUUUAUAAGGUGUCUUAGGCCGUAUUUUUUCUUGUUAUAUACCAUCUUCAAAGCCUUGAGCUCACUAACAAGUUUUGGAGGAUUGAUUUUUUUUUCUUUUCCUGUCAAACUGUUUUACCUAUUUUCUUUUCCUUUUCUUUCACCUGCCCUUUUGCCGCCGGUAUUGGAUUAAAAUUAGCAAUUUGUAGUGUAAAGAAAUGAGUCACAAUUGUUCUGCUUAAUCAUAUGCUUAUUGUGUUUA